AUGUCCCGGGCGGAGCGAUGCGUGAUCUCGGUCCCGCCCCACGUCUCGAGCGCGAGGACGCGGCGACGCCGGGCGACGCCGUUCGGACGCGUCGCCGUGCAUCACGUCCCGUUCAUCCUCUUGUACGUGGUGACGUUGAAAAGGUGUUACGAGACGAGUGGGAACCCCUACGCGGUGGCGCUGCGGCAUCACCUGGAUGCCGGGUACGAUCCCGCGGUGUUGGACGCGGUUGGGGUGACGAAGAACGACGUUGGGGGGAAGACGCGAGACGAGUGGGGCGGGGCGAGUAAAGACGCGAAGGAAAACGAGUGGGAUCUCGGUGCGCGCGAAGACGAAGCGAACGAUGAAGAGAGGGAGAGUGAGGCGGAGGAGGUGAAGUAUGAGGUACCACCGACGCUUCCGGCGAAGUGGUUGCCGGAUUUCCCGGACGUCUUGGCGUUCGCCGCCGUGGCGUUCGCGCACGCGCUGUUGCUCUUGGCGCAACACUGGAGCGUUCGCGCUCGAUGCUUCGUGCAGUACGGAAGGUCGAGUCGCGUCACGGAGGGGACAUUUCUGUUGAUCACGCCGCAUCAGCAUCAGGGUAAGCCGGAGAUCGUUCCGGUCUCGCGCCUGCGGGUGUUCGAGCAGGAUGGAAGCUUGCGAACCAUGCUGUGGUGCGUGUUCCAGCGCCAGCGAUACGAGUACGUCGAGGUCGAGUGGGACGAGCGACGUGGGAAGGGUCGCGGCGAGCUUCGAGAGAUCGAAACUCCUAAGAGUCUCCCGCUCUCGUCCUACGUUAAGGCAAAGGGACUCACCGCGGAUGAGGUGCACCACGCACACGAGCGUUUCGGAAAUAAUGCCCUCAAGGUGAAUGUGCCGACGUUUUGGGAGCUGUACAAGGAGCAGCUCACGAGUCCAGUCACUGUAUUCCAGAUCUUUACCGUUCUUCUCUGGCUUAUGGACGAGUACUGGAAGUACGCACUGUUCAGCGCGUUGAGCCUGGCAAUUUUUGAAGGCACGACAGCCUUCUCGCGUCAAAAGAACGUCGCCACUCUGCGAGGUAUGGGUCAGCAGGCGGAAAGAAUCAUGGUACGACGCAGCGGCGUUUGGGAAGAGCGCUCUACCGAGGAGCUGUACCCAGGAGACGUCAUCUCUCUCAAGCGUAGAGGCGGCGAUGAAAUCACUGUCCCAUGCGACUGCGUGCUCCUCUCUGGAUCUGCAGUCGUUAACGAGGCGAGCUUAACAGGAGAGAGCGUUCCGCAAAUGAAAGAGUGCAUCAAUCCGGAGGUGUCCAAGGACCAACCUCUCGAUAUGAAUGGCGUCCACAAGGUGCACGUCCUCUACAGCGGCACGAGUUUGAUGCAGCACUCAGCGAAGACGGACAGCGAGUCUGUGAGCGUCACGAUCAAGACGCCGGAUGGUGGAUGCCUUUGCUACGUUGUGCAGACGGGAUUCUCGUCCACUCAAGGUAAGCUGAUGCGCAUGAUGGAAUUCAGCAGCGAGCAAGUCACGGGCGACGCCAAGGAGACGCUCAUUCUUUUGUUCAUCCUCCUCGUGUUUGCCUUGGCGGCGAGUUACAACGUCUAUGUGCAAGGUGUGAAGGAUGGCAAGCGAAGCCAAUAUGAGCUCGUCCUGCGCUGCAUCAUGAUCAUCACGAGCGUUGUGCCCCCUGAUCUUCCGAUGCAAACUGCUUUGGCCGUGAACACGGCUCUCAUCUCGCUGGUUAAGUCCCAAGUUUAUUGCACGGAACCCUUCCGAGUUCCCGUGGCUGGUAAAGUAGAUUCCUGCUUGUUCGACAAGACGGGGACCAUCACGAGCGAUCGUCUCGUGGCCGAGGGGAUUCUUUGUGAUUUGAAGAAGGGAGCCGAGCUCAAAAAGCCGGUUGAGGCGUCGCAAACCGCUUCCAUUGUCAUCGGUGGUUGCCAUGCUCUUCUUCAGAUUGAUGGAAAGAUGUUUGGCGACCCUCUCGAAAAGGCCGCUCUGCUGGGUAUCAAGUGGAAGUACGAUCCUGCGACUCACACCGCAACACCGAAGAUUGAUGAUAAUAUCACGAGAUCGUGGGGCGGCGAGGAUACGACAUCGGUGAAAAUUUUGGUGCGCAACCACUUUGCGUCGGCUUUGCAGCGCAUGAGCAUCAUCGCUGACGUCAAAAGUCUUUCGAUCUCGGGUCGAUGGUCUCUGGUGAAAGGAUCGCCCGAAAUGAUCAAAACUCUCCUGAAGAGCGUCCCGGAAGGAUAUGACGCGGCGUAUCGCAGCUUGGCGGAAGAAGGCAUGAGAGUCAUUGCCCUGGCGCACAGAGAGUUGAGUGAAGACGAAAGCGCUCGAGUCGGUUCGCAAAACUCACCGUUGACGCGCGAUGAGGCGGAAUCCAACCUAGUUUUCGAUGGUUUCUUCGCGUUUGCGUGCAGGGUACGAGCGGAUUCCGCAGAAGUCAUCCACGCCCUGAAGGCAGCCUCGAACAAUGUGAUGAUGGCGACUGGUGACGCCACUCUCACCGCGCUGCACGUCGGGAAUGAAGUCGGUAUCGCCCGUGGCGGCCUCGAUGGGGCUCUCAUCCUGGCCCGCGGCGAAUCUGAUAAGUUGGAAUGGCAGUCUGCGCGCGUAAACGCCAAGGGUCACCCGGAGAAGACGUUCCCGUAUGAGAGUUCAUCCAUUCCUGAACUCGCUGAGAAGUACAGCUUGUGCGUGACUGGAAAAAGCCUUAACGCCGCCGCAGUGGCGCCAGGAGCUUUGUGGGAGAACCUGGAUCAGAUUAGUAUCUAUGCUCGUAUGUCCCCUGACGAUAAGGAACGGGUUCUGAAGAGCUUAAAGACGCAAGGGAAGCACACGCUGAUGUGCGGUGACGGAGCGAAUGACGUCGGCGCAUUGAAGCAGGCGCAUGUCGGUGUUGCCCUCUUGAGCGGUUUCGGUAGCGCGAACACGACGAAGGUCGAAGGUGCUGAGACGAUGGUGACGACGACCGAAACCUUUGCUGAGAAGAUGGCUCGCGUAAAGGAGCAAGCUGAGAAGAUGAAGAAGGAGAAGGAAAUUGAGAAACAGGCGCAGAUGAAGGACAGGGCGGAGUUGCAGGUGCUUCAGACCCAGUGGUACGAGGAAGAACUCGCAGCUCGCACGGCGGCCGGCGAAUCCUGGGCUCAAUUUAACGCCAUGAAGUCGGCGACGCAGCGCUUGGUCGCUGAGGCGAAGCGCAGACAGGCUGCUAGACAGAAGGUUGCGGGCACCGGGCAGUCACUCCAGCAAGUCUGGCAAGAAUUGGAAGAGACUGAUGGUGAAGUACCAAAGGUCAAGCUCGGCGACGCUUCCAUGGCUGCGCCGUUCACGAGCCGCGCACCGAGUAUUAAGGCGACGGCGGACAUCGUUCGUCAAGGUCGGUGCACGCUCGUGUCGGCCAUCCAAAUGCAGCAAGUCUUGAUGCUGAGUUGCCUCAUCUCGGCAUACUCGCUCUCUGUGUUGUACUUGGACGGGAUUCGCAACAGCGAGAACCAACUCAUGGCGUCCGGUACGGCGCUCACUGUGGCCGGUCUCGCGUUUUCGUACGCCACUCCGGUGCACACGUUGAGCUCUGUCCGUCCCCUUAGAUCGAUCUUCCACCCAGCCAACUUCCUCUCCCUUGUUGGCCAGCUCAUCAUCCACAUCGGCGCAAUGGUCUACGCAGUCCACCUGGUCAAGUCUACCACGGGCGAAGAGACUUCUUUCCCGACCCUGGAAAAGGUCGCGGUUGUGAGUGAGGCAGUCAAGAAGGCGGCAAAUGAAACGCAGCGAAGUUUCUGGGAGCAGGGUCCUCCGUUUGAGCCGUGCCUUUUGAACACCGUCGUCUUCCUCGUCGACACCGUCCAACGAGUGUGCGUCAUGCUCGUGAACUACAAGGGACGUCCCUUCAUGCUCGGCGCCCUCGAGAAUAAGUCUCUCAUCACCUCCAUGCUCUCCAUGGUCAUCGGUUCCUUCGUGUGCGCGUUUGAAGUCGUGCCUUGGUUGAACAACAAGUUGCAGCUUGUUUCAAUGCCGGACAACGUGUUCAGAUACAAGGUUCUCGGCAUCCUCGCCGGUUCAGUCGUUGGUACCAUUGGAUGGGAUUCGCUCAUGUCGUUCAUCUUCGCCAGACACAUUCUCGUCGCUUCAUACCGCGAUACUAUAACCGCGUUACCCAGUUUUCAAGACAUGAUUCCGUUCAUUCGCCGCGGCGUUGCCAUCUCAAUCUUGUUGGUUGCAUACGUCUGGAGCGAAGGAAAUGUGUUCAUCGCGGUGUUCGGGAUCCAGGCGUACAGACGUGGUUACAUUUGA